AUGGCAGCGAGCGCAAUCAGCAGUAGCAACGUGGUCGGCGUCCACUACCGUGUCGGAAAGAAGAUUGGGGAAGGUAGCUUCGGCGUUAUUUUCGAGGGCACCAACCUCCUCAACAACACACAAGUGGCCAUCAAGUUUGAGCCGAGAAAGAGCGAUGCUCCACAACUCAGAGAUGAGUACCGCACGUAUAAGAUACUGGUCGGAUGCCCCGGCAUACCAAACGUCUACUACUUCGGACAAGAAGGAUUGCACAACAUACUAGUUAUCGACCUGCUCGGUCCGAGUCUCGAAGACCUCUUCGACCACUGCGGUCGUCGCUUCUCCAUCAAGACCGUCGUCAUGGUUGCCAAGCAAAUGCUGUCGCGCGUCCAAACUAUCCACGAGAAGAACCUCAUCUACCGCGACAUCAAACCCGACAACUUCCUCAUCGGCCGCCCAAACACGAAGCAACAGAACGUCAUUCACGUCGUUGACUUCGGCAUGGCCAAGCAGUACCGCGACCCCAAAACGAAGCAGCACAUCCCCUACAGAGAGCGCAAGUCACUCUCGGGCACUGCACGAUACAUGAGCAUCAACACUCAUUUGGGACGCGAGCAAUCCCGCCGCGAUGACCUCGAAGCACUUGGUCACGUCUUCAUGUACUUCCUUAGAGGGGGACUACCAUGGCAGGGCCUCAAGGCUGCCACCAACAAGCAGAAGUACGAGAAGAUCGGCGAGAAGAAGCAGACCACAGCGAUAAAAGACCUGUGCGACGGCUUCCCAGAGGAGUUUAACAAGUACCUCUCAUACGUCCGCAACUUGGGCUUUGAGGAUACUCCCGACUACGACUACCUCCGCGACCUCUUCACCAAAGCGCUGCAGAGCACCGGUGAAGUCGAGGAUGGCGAGUACGAUUGGAUGAAGCUCAACAACGGCAAGGGCUGGGACGUCCCAACCCGCCCUUCUGGCGCCCACGCUCAACGCGAGCAGGGCAACCCAUCCAACGCCGACCUCCAUCGUAACACGAUGAACCGGGCAUCCAACACGCCGCAGGUUGACAAAGAGAAGCCACUCCCAAGCAAGCCGGGAGCAGUGCGUCAACCAACUCAACAGCGGUCGCAGCCAGGUCGCCGACCACAGAACAGCGCCGACUUGGGCAAGCGCGGCAGCGAGAUGCAGCUCGAAACCCCCGACCACCGUAGCACGGCGGCGCAAUUUCAAAACAGCCGCGCAGACUUGACGCGAGGCAUGAGCUCCUCAGGACAAAAUGCCGCUGUCAACGCUCAGUCAGCCGCCCAGCCGUCGCAGCGACCAGCUCAACAGCAGUCACCGCCAGAGGCAAAGGAGGGCUUCAUGCAGAAGAUACUCAAGGUCCUAUGCUGCGGAUAG